CCCCCCCCCCCUCCCCCCACUUAUUUUUUCCUGGACUCACAGGAGGCACUAAGAUCUCUCAGAUCCCAGUAAUAAGGGACGAUCCCUAAUAAAAAGCGUGGACACAUUGUUACCCUUUCUUUGUUUGCCUCCUUACUUUAGUGAGAACACACUAGAGCUGAUCUCUUCCCACUACUGAAGGGUCUUUUAUUAUUUAUUUAUUUUUUUAAAGCACUUUCUUUUUUUUAUAUACAGUAAAAUUGAAGAGGCCAUUGUAUGGCUUUUAAUGUAAAGUAAGUAGCCUCUUUACUGUAGCCCAAAUAGAAUCUAAGCUUUUUUUUAGGCGAGAGCUGCUGCAUUUCCAUCCAUUGGGGGCAGACACAGCAUCCUUUACAGGCUGACAGCUAAAAGACGGCACCACCUAUCUAACAUGGCAGUCAGACUGUGUGAUGUGGCUUCUCUGCUUAGAAGUGGCUCGUGGGCAGCAGAGCCUUGGACUGGGCAGGUAAUUGCUGCCAUGGAAACACAGCUGUCCAAUGGUCCCACUUGCAAUAACACAGGCAACUGUCAAAACACCAUAAACAAUUGCACAUCACCAGUGGACUCCACCAAUACAGAGGACAGCAAGACAAACCUAAUAGUGAACUACCUGCCUCAGAACAUGACACAAGAGGAAUUAAAGAGCUUGUUUGGAAGCAUUGGAGAAAUCGAGUCCUGUAAACUAGUCAGGGACAAGAUUACAGGACAAAGCUUGGGUUAUGGUUUUGUAAACUACAUUGAUCCUAAGGAUGCUGAGAAGGCCAUCAAUACCCUGAAUGGAUUACGACUUCAAACCAAAACCAUUAAAGUUUCUUAUGCUCGCCCCAGUUCAGCAUCUAUUAGGGAUGCAAACCUGUAUGUCAGUGGACUUCCAAAAACAAUGACACAGAAAGAGCUGGAACAACUGUUCUCUCAGUACGGUCGCAUUAUUACCUCUCGUAUUCUUGUUGACCAAGUCACUGGUGUAUCCAGGGGAGUUGGAUUCAUUCGUUUUGACAAAAGGAUUGAGGCAGAAGAAGCCAUUAAAGGCCUAAAUGGACAGAAACCUCCAGGAGCCACAGAACCCAUAACUGUUAAAUUUGCCAACAAUCCAAGCCAAAAAGUAAACCACACUAUUCUGUCCCAGUUAUAUCAGUCCCCAAACCGGAGAUACCCAGGACCACUAGCCCAACAAGCUCAACGAUUUAGGUUGGACAAUUUGCUCAAUAUGGCUUAUGGAGGCAUAAAGAGUAGAUUCUCACCAAUGACUAUCGAUGGUAUGACCAAUUUAGCUGGUAUAAACUUCCCUGGACAUGCUGGCACUGGAUGGUGCAUAUUUGUGUACAACUUGGCACCCGACGCAGAUGAAAGCAUCUUGUGGCAGAUGUUUGGCCCCUUUGGAGCGGUCACCAACGUUAAAGUUAUCCGUGACUUCAACACAAACAAAUGCAAGGGCUUUGGUUUUGUGACUAUGACAAACUAUGAUGAGGCAGCAAUGGCUAUCGCGAGUCUUAACGGGUACCGCCUUGGUGACAGAGUUUUGCAGGUGUCAUUCAAAACAAGCAAAACGCACAAAGCUUAACAAGUUAACCUCACUCCUGUUAACACACACAAGCAUCAAAGGCAAGUUAAGAAACUUUCUGCUUUGAUAGUACUUACACACAGUGUGUGGGGGUGAGGUAGGCAAAGUUAGAAAUGGUAAGCAACCUUAGCAUUUGUGAGAUUUUGUUAUAACUAGUCUUUGAAUAUCUUAUCCUUUAUGUUUGACAAUGGACAUUACGUAACAGGGUUUUUACCUGUCCCAUUGCAUUCUAAUGCCUUCAGUUGUCGGGGCCUUUUACUAUUUCUGCAAUGGGAAGUAUUUUUUUUUUUGUUUUUACAUUAUUGCCUUCGAUCCUGUGUGUUUAAAAGGAUUUAAAAAGGAAAAAAAACUUUGCGUUGAAUUUUCUGUUCUGUAAACUUUUCUUUUAUAUUGUUUAUAGUGUUUAUAUUGUGAUUCAUGAGAAUUAUUUUAUAAAUAUUUUAUUUUAUUUUAUUUGUAUGUGUAAAGCAUUAUGUUGCAACUAUUUAAGUUUAAGGGGCAAGGAAGGCCUCAGUUCUAAGAAUUCUAUUGUAAGAUUACUGCAGACUUUUCAUAAAGUAGUACCUUGCCAAAGAGAUGAUAACCUCUUUGAUGUGGGUUUCAAAUAAUAAAAAGCAUCUAUUUUUAUAAAAAAGUAAAAUAAAAAAAUUUGAACAAACUUUUUACUGGUCCUGGAACACACUAUUUUGACUUGAAUACUUUGCAAAAUCUACUUCAUAUGACAACCUUGUGAGCUUUUAAAACUUGCCAGGAUAUUUGUGUGUGAUCGAUAUUUUUGAAGACAGGAUACUGCCCUACUUCUGGUUCGGAAUAAAAGAGAGAAAAGGGUGCAUUUUUUUAUUCCCUUUUACUUUUUUGUUAGCGUUUUUGUAUCAAUAAUGAAACCUUGGUAUUGCUUGGUUCUAAUUUCAUUUUCCUGUUGAUCAUCCUGGUUAUUCUGCAAUUGCUCACAUCAGUUUGUAAUUCAAAUGAAAUGAAACAAAUCAAAGUAUAUAUGAGCUGGUAAGAACAAUUAAAUUGUUGAAAGAUUUUUGGGGAAAAAAUCUGUUCUUCCUAAAUCAUUCCCUUCAGAAGGAGCUCAUGGUGUUUAGUGAUGUACUUGCAGUCUUGUUUGAAUAUUUAAUUUAGCUUUAUACAAUUUACAAUUUUGUGUAAGAAAGUUGGCAUUGCCAACCUACAAAGUGGCACAAUUUUGUCCUUUAAGAAAUGUGAUUCUGUUGAAAGCUAGCACCUGAGCUUUUAUGUAUUGUACAUAUUAUUCUAUAAUCAUUUAAGGGUAGAGGAAAAAGAAACCUAGCCAUGAUGAUGUCUUCAGCUUCCUGGAGGAUUGCUGGUAGAUUGUACACAUCUGUUGCUGCUAGGUCUCAUAUUUAAGUUCACUAUUUUUAUUUUUGUUCUUUUGUAAGGCAAAGUGAUGAGACAUUUUUGUACCUGUAUUUUUAGUUGUGUAUGUACCGUAACUAUAUUGUUAGUUAAGCGCCAUUUUUAUGUUCUGGUCUUGAGAACUUGAAAUAUGCAUAAUUUUUUUUUUUUUUUUUUUUGGAUCAUAUGGAGUCUGGGUACCACUUGUUUACACACUUGUGAUUUAUGUAUGUUGUAUAAAAGUAACUAGACUUAUUUUGUAUAUGCUUUGGAAAAUCCAACUCAAUUCAUAAACAGCUUAACAAAGUUUUUGAUGGUUAGUAACUAAGAAAGGGAUUAAGAAAGUGGGGUCCACAGUUAGAGGAUUUGGUGCCUUCUACAGGUAUAAAGUAAAGCAUUAUUAAUUUACUUUUGUGAGGUUUUUUUUUUUUUUUGCACAAGUUUAAAUGCUUCCUCUAAGGCCAAGCAGUGUGUGCUAUGCAUUACAUAAUGUAUAUCACUGGCAUAUGCUUUUUUUUUUUUUCAGUUUUGUAUGUUAUUUUUAUGAUAGUUCAGUAAAUAUACUGUGAAAAGUGCGUAACAAAGUGUUCAGGUAAGUUUUCAUGCUCCUUUUCAGGCUUUUUCUUCAGGCGAGUUCUCCAUAAACCGUGGCAUGGCCAUCCUUAAAUUUUCUUACAGCUGCUUUGAAUAAAGUAUUUAAGAUAUAUUUAUAUAGAAACCUAUAAAUGUUUUGCAGUAUUGGAAUACAUAUUUACAGUUCUAUUCAAUUAUAGAUCUAUCAUUGGUAAAAGAGCAUGAAAAUUUUUCCUCACUUUGGAGUCUUUCUCAGAGCACUUGGUAAAAUGUGAGACUGGUGUUUGCUUUGAGCUAGUACUGUAUGACAACACA